AUGGCAGAGUCAUACCUCUGCUGCACAGAUCCACCCGAGGCCCAGCAGAAGAUGAGGAUCGUGCACCAGAAGAACGUCAGAGGGUCUCUCAAGCCCAUCCUCUACUCACCCGAACAAGGAUUUCAGCGCGGCGGCCGCGUGUCUCCAAGACAUGACCAGGACAAUAUAUCCAGAAAGAACAUUCGAUUCAAAGACCCUCCCGAGCAUCAAGCAGCGCAAAGGAGUUUCAAUGUGGUUGUCAAUCAUAAUGAGCAACGUGAGAAUAAAACAAGUGAAUCAAAGCCGGCUUCCGACAAGGCACCAGAUGUCAUGCUCGAGGCCUUCAGGCGCUUUCCCUCGUACCACAAGGGCAAGGUUACGCUCCAGGACAUCGAGCAAAACCUGCGGAAAGUGUUGCCCGACGCCAGGAAUCUUGAAUGUCUCAAGGCGUCUAUCGCGCAGGCGAGGAAGCAGUCAGAAAUCGAUCAGGUCGAUAUCGAGACUUUCAGGAAGUCCUUUGAGACGCACUUCAAAGCAAGAGAGCAACCCACAAUCAGCAGUGGAGAUCGAUUUCAACACCAGUCUUACAAGCAUCCCAUGACGCUGCCGAAGAACCGCCUCUACUAA